UUGUGAGUCAUCAACAGCACCACCCUAUCAGUGAAGUCAAAGAUGGAAGAUGAACUCUUUCAAACCUUUCAGGUGCUCCCUCCUUUCCUUAAAGUCUCUUAUGGGGAGCCCCUUCUUGCCCCUCUCCAUCCUAUGAGUCAGGACUGAAAGGGCACAGACGGGUCACCGCCAGCAGUGUUGGGGUGAGCCUGCAAGCAUGCAUCACUGGGGAUCUGAUGUGACAAUGACUGCCUGCCCACCUCUGAGGGCUACAGGACUUGCCCAGUUGGGAAGCAGCUAAGCAGAUUUGACCAGCUGACCUGGACUUGGCCAAUAGUCCUGUCCUCCCUCAUGGCCACCCCACCAUUCCAGCUGAUAAGGAAGAUGUUUUCCUUCAAGGUGAGCAGAUGGACGGGGUUUGCCUGCUUCCGGCCUCUGGUGCUAUCCUCUCCCAGCGUUCGCCAGAAGAAACUAAUGCACAAUCUGCAGGAGGAAAAGGCUUUUCGCGAAGAGAUGAAAACUUUCCGUGAGAAAAUAGAGGACUUCAGGGAAGAGAUGUGGACUUUCCGAGGCAAGAUCCAUGCUUUCCGGGGCCAGAUCCUGGGUUUGUGGGAAGAAGAGAGACCUUUCUGGGAAGAUGAGAAAACCUUCUGGAAGGAGGAGAAAUCCUUCUGGGAAAUGGAAAAGUCUUUCAGGGAGGAAGAGAAAACUUUCUGGAAAAAAUAUUGCACCUUCUGGAAGGAGGAUAAGGCCUUCUGGAAAGAGGACAAUGCCUUGUGGGAAAGAGACCAGAACCUUCUUCAGGAGGACAAGGCCCUGUGGGAGGAAGAAAAUGCCCUGUUGGUGGAGGAAAGAGCCCUCCUUGAGGAGGAGAAAGCUCUGUGGGAGGAUAAAAAGUCCCUCUGGGAGGAGGAGAAUGCCCUCUGGGAGGAAGAGAAGGCCUUCUGGGUGGAGGGCCAUGGCCACAUUGCCAGGGACCAGAUGCUUGAGGACGGGCCCCUUGACACCAACAGAGGGCAGCGCUCACCGGCCUUCUCACGAGGCAGGGCAUAGCCAGCAUGCGGGUGCAGAGCCUGCGGUCCAGACUCCACUGAGAUGGGAUUCAAGUCCAGGGUGAACCCAUGUGCUGGAGAAAAUACACACUCACUUGUCUCCUUGCUUUAAAGACCUAAUAAAGUCCUGAGACAAGGUUUGGAAAACCAACUUA